UCGAUAAUGCUAACCUAAACAGAGAUGAGCUGUUGGUGGGUCUUCUGAAUCGUAUCUUGAACCCAAAGCUGUUGAGUAAUCCAUCAUCAAUGCCAAUGCGACAGCUUGAAAAAGAAUUUAUGAAGACAUAUGGAAAACAUUUGUCUGAUAAAAGAUUCAAAGAUGUAGCAGGAAUUCCUCUCGAUUUGUUUAUUGACAAAUAUCCCCAAUCAUUUGAAAAAUAUAGCAAAAAGGGCGAGGUGAUGCUGAGAUCCUUAAUGCGCAAACCAACCAACAAAAUAAAAAGCCCUUCUUUGGUAAAGAGAUGCGAUUCGGCAUCUUCAAGUGUUGGUACUGACACUUCUUUCUACACUGCAAAUGAAAACAUUAGUGAUGUCGGUUUAUCUGAAAAUGAGAGCUAUCCACAGGAAUGUUAUUUGGAUGAUAAACAAAACAUAGAUGAUAAAAAUUUAACGUCUUCACAAGGUGACGACGACGAUUGCCUAACACCGCGAAAUGCAGAGGUUGAAGAUGCGAGUGAUUCCAGUGGUGAAUGGAAAGAAGUGAGAAAAAGGAAAAAGGGAAAAGCUAAGACGUCUAGCAGAUACAGCCAAAAACAUUCGGACAGGUUAAUGAGCGGCUCUUGGAAAACACCUCUUGUCUCAACAAUUCAGACUAACAGAGAUACUGAAAAUCAGAGGUUACUGCAAGACCUGCUGUCACAACCAGAAGAUAAGAAAUUAAGAUUUGUCCCCGAGAAUGUUUACCGAUGUCAUUUGAAAUGCAUGGUGGAUAUAGUGAGCAUGUGGAAUACUCCAUGUGCAUCUCCAGCUUAUAUUGUGUUGGGUGUUGCCAAGGAAUUGAACAGUCCACUUCAUUUACAAGGAUUAGUUUCACAAUAUAAUCUUCAAAUGUUUAAGUCUUACUUCGAUGAAGACAUUUUCACAACUGUGCCUGAAUUUUCCUACUUUGAAGCCACAAAUAAUGAUAAAGCAUUCGGUGUUUUUACAAUACCGAGCAGCGAAGGACACACCAAGCCAUGCAUAGUAAACUGUUCAAAAUCAGACAGCAUGCAAAUUGUUCAGGAAUCACAGCUGUGGUACAGACCUGGUUUGGAGAAUAUUGUAUGCGAACCAAGAGAGGAAGCAUUUACACAGAUAUACAACUGGUUCUACAGCAAGCCGUCAUCCUCUGCAUUGCCUCCUGAGGAGGAAAUAGGAUAUGACAAGGAAGGUGAAAAAACGGGAUCCUUUACCAAACACCGUUCACCGCACAUCUAUAAGACGAUCAGUGAUUUACAAAGAUUUAUCAACAUAAGAAAGGAUCAUUUUGUUUUAAUUGCAGGUGAUGUCCCUUCCGGGUUGUCUCAUCUUGACGCAGUAUCUCUUAUUCCAUGGAUUGCAGUUUUCGACUUAGAUGCGAACAGCAGAGACAAUGGUCUGUUGCGUGCAAAUGAACCACUAAUUGCAAAGGAUAGAUCAUUGCAAAUUACAACAUGGAAGGAUCCAGCGGCGAGCAUAGUUGAAGAAGGAACGAGAUGGUGCUUUAUUCGAGGUCGAAGAGAUGACCCAACAAGUAAAAUAAAUCCAAUUGGCGACGUACGCAAAUGGCUCAGAACAGUUCAAUCAUCACUUGAUGCCCACAUGGAUCAGCUCAGAAAAUUUGCCUCUGAUUACACCAUAUUAAACAUUGUUGUUCUAUGGCCCAGUGAGGAAACAAUCGCCCCUUUCGUGCAGAAGAUUUUGUCGAAACUUGAUGAAAACAUUGAUCCACCACCUAAAAUCAUUUUGUUUAUGCCACAACAGCUGACGUCAGUCGGGCCAGCGAAACAUGUAUACGAGUUGUUGUGUAGCGAAUAUCAACAAAACCUUACUGUGUUCCAGGUGGAUUUCAAAGAAAUUAUGAAAGGGCUGAAGAGUUUCUUGCCAAGAAAUGGACCUCCGAUAUGUAAAAAAUUUGAGCUUCCCCAUUCAGACGAAUACAUGAACCAUGACAUAACAGAUGAAAAUGCAGCAUGGCUACGUGAAGAUUUGAACGUCUUGUUCUUGAAAAGUCCAUAUGUCAAAGAGAGUGAAGAUCUGGAAGUUCUCCAAGAGGAAAAAAACAAAUUCUAUCGAGGUGGAACACUUCAUUGGUCCACGUGGUAUGGCUGUAAUUCUAGAUCUUUGGACGUCCCACGAGAUGUCAGAGACUCAUUUGCAAAGACAAUACAAGAGCGCAUCAAUGAAAAUCGCGGGUGCCUUAUUUAUCUGUAUCAUGAUCCUGGGUCGGGAGGGACAACACUUUCACAAAGGCUGUUGUGGGACUUUCACACUAAGGUUCCCAGUAUCCAUCUGAAAACGAGGACGUACACAUCGACCAGAUCGCUGAGAGAGAGGAUUGAUUUUCUCUAUGAAAAAACACUUCUACCAGUUCUUUUACUUGUAGAUGGAGAGGAUGAAACAAAGGUGAAAUUUAUGUUCAGAGAGUUAAAUGCCAGAAGUCCUACCAUCGUCAUUUGCGUGAAACGCCACCCUUUCCAAGGGCACGAAAAAAAGAGUUAUCCAAAAGUGCAAGGGCACGUAUCCAGUGCUGAAGCAAAGAACUUAGCAAUGCAAUAUAUAGAACAAUGUAAAGAUGACGAAAAGAAGCAAAGAGAAGUGAGCAGAAUCUAUGAAGAUGUCAAAAAAAACCAACCCCAUUAUCUGUACGAAUUUGGAUUAGCAGCUUUCCUUCAUGAAUUCACUGGAUUAGCAUCUUAUGUCAAAGGAUAUCUACAACCCCAUUGGACUCCUCAUCGUGAAGGCAUUAACGACAUUCCAAGAAUUCUUGGGUACUUGUCCUUGGCAUAUUUUUAUGGACAUACCUCUCUUCCCAGUCAAUUUUUUGCAGAAUUACUGCACAAACCGUCGAACUAUUCUGUUGAUCUUGACGAUUUUCCUCAUCCGAUCGGACUUUUCAUCGUUCCAGAUGAUACUGAGGGAAGACGAAAAAACAUACGGAUAUGCCAUUAUUUGAUUGCGAAAGAAAUCCUUGAAUUCAUUCUUGGUAGUGGAAAGGAACAGAAAAGUCAUUCAAGCAAUGAUCUUAGCAUAUCAGCAAAGCAAAAUCUUUCAGAGUUUUGUCUUGACCUAAUAGGUUAUGCCAGCAACAAGAGGUUAAAGAGUGGACUUACAACUGAAACUAUUGUUCAUUGCUUGACAAGAAUAUUCAUUUUUCGUGACUACAAAGAAAUGGGUCAGACCACAGAGGUGCGAAGGAAACCGGUAUUGUCAAGAAUUAUGAAUGAUAUUUAUUCCACCCCUCCAUCCUUCACUGAACGCCAACAGGUUCUAGAAAAGUUGACUCAAAGUUUUCCAAAUGACGCAAGCUUUUUAGCUCACCUCGGCAGAUUCUACUCAUUCUGUAAACCCGACGAAAUUGAAAAAGCUGAGGAAUGCUUCAAGAAAGCAUUGGAACUGUGUCCAAAGUGCAGGGACGAAGAAAACUUGGAAACAAUAGAUGAUCGAUCGAAGACAAUUCUAGUACAAGUAUACCAUAUGUUUGGAACAGUGUUGCAAAGGCGUUUAGGUAGGUACACUGGGAAUGCUGCUCAUGACAAACCUGAGAAGGAAACAAAAAAUGAAGACUUCAGAAAGAGACUUGAGGAAAUCUGCGAAGUCGCAAAGAAUGCUUGCAAGUUAUUUGAAAAUUGCAGAAGGUACACCGCGACUGGACAAGAAAAUGGAUAUGGAUAUAUUGGAGAGAUAACAGUCCGUCUACAAGUUUGUGAUUUUGUACAACGAAACUACCAAAAUGGAGACAAUGCAGUUGGAAUCAAAGGGUUCUUGUCUUCGAGUGGUAAAGGAAAAUCCGCUACGAAGAAGUUUCUGCAAAAAAGUGGAUACAUCAUACCAAAUUUGAUUUCAGAAUGUUACAUGGUCGUGGAAAAGGACGAUAUUGAUUCUGGUUUGAAAAAGUCAGUCAUUUGGUACAAUCAUUUAUUUCAAGCAAAGAAGAUGAAUUUGGAAGGUUUGGCAGUUCAUGAAGACAAUAACUCCUACCGAUUGAAAAUCGCCAUUAAAAAACAGCAGUAUGCCAAAUCUACGGACUCGCUGACUUUGAUUGAAUGUGUCGAUAAGCAUCAGGAUAUCAAAGAAAUAGUGGAAUGUUAUGAGAAAAUCUUCCAGAAUUUGACCUAUACCAACAUUCUUAGUUACAGAAAACGACAAGAAACAGAACUUGAAUUUAUUGAAUGGUUAAGCGCUAUCAGACAUAGGCUGUGCUUGAAGAAGUACACAAUUGUUGAUGUUCUCGCGCAAGUUGAGAUUUGGGAUGAAAAAAUACCUUCAGCAAUGUCAAAGUUUUACAUUUUUAUCUUGAAAAGCUUACUUGGCAUUGGAACUGUUAACCAGAAAGGGGACACUGCAAAGUUACUUGAUGCACAAGCCAUGAUCAACCAGAUGCAGCGUUAUGGACGAUCAGUCUUGAGGCCAAAAUACCCAAGAGAAUGGAUGGGAGCAUCAGAUGAUGGUAUCAAACGUCUAAUACCCGGGACGCGUUAUCUGGGAUUAUCAUCUGAUGAUCAGAUGCAAGGUCAGCGAAAUACACGUUUAUUCAAGGGAACAAUUACUUCCCCAAACAACAAGAAGGCUGCAGGCAUCAUACAACUUGAUCUGGAUGACAACGAUAUUGAAGUCAGAGUGUUUUUCAUUCCAAAUAAUGUGAAUCUUUCGGGAACUCAGUAUGCUGGAAAACGAGUAGAAUUUGAAUUGGCCUUCAGUCUACAUAAUGGUUAUGAAGCCUUUGCAGUGAAGCUGUUACGACUUUAUGGUUGCACCAAAUGCAGCUCAUCAGCCGAAAUAUGCAGUAGAGAAAGUAGUGGCAAGUGUCCAUCUUGCGAAACAGUGAUCCAAAAGGACGAUCUGACACUUAUUCAAAGAAAAUAGAGUUCAUAGUAUAAUGAACAUUUGAAACCAAGAACAGAUCAAUCAUCCAUGGUACUUUGUAGACUUUUAGAUAUUUUUGAAUGAACUACAUCUAAGAUUUCUAAACACAAACAUUAACAAUGACAAUCAUUGGUGUAAAAAGGAUUGAAGAAUUUGAACAUUCCUUAA